CCGCGAGAGCGCAGACCAAACUGAGCCGCGCACCAGCCGCUGCCGCCGCUGCCGCCCCGUGCGCCUGCUCUGCCCGCGCGGCGCUCCAGCCCGGCCCGUGCCGCUAGCCUAGCCCGGGGAGCCUGCGCCAGCUCCACUCGGCGCCGAAGCAACCUCCCGCCGCCCGGCGCACGCACGGUCCCCCCUGUUUAAAAGGACCUCCCGCUGCCUCCCCUCUCGGCCCCGGGAUCCCCCAGCCCGGCGCUGCCCCCCUCCGCUCCACUUCGCAUCAACUUCAGCGGCCGCUAGCCGCCUGCCUUUGAAGUUUGCUGUGCCGACCGCAAAGUUGGGACAUUUGGGCGGAUUGCAUUUUUCUCCUUUAUCUGCCUCUGUCUCACCCUUCCCGUCCCCUCGAGUCCUGGAUACUGGUGCUCGGCAUCUUGGCCCGAGCCAGGGACGUGAACUGCUUCGCACAGCACACCUCGAGGAGAGCUCUUUCCUCUUCCCCCUAGGAAAAACAAACCGAUUUUUUUUUAAGGAUGGUGCUACUUCUCUGGUGCCUGCUGUGGCUGCUGUUACCACUCAGCUCCAGGACCCAGAAGCUACCCACUCGAGAUGAGGAACUUUUCCAGAUACAGAUCCGGGACAAGGCAUUUUUUCAUGAUUCAUCGGUCAUUCCAGAUGGAGCUGAAAUUAGCAGUUAUCUCUUUAGAGAUACACCUAAAAGGUAUUUCUUUGUGGUUGAAGAAGAUAAUACUCCAUUAUCAGUCACAGUGACUCCCUGUGAUGCACCUUUGGAGUGGAAACUGAGUCUCCAAGAGCUGCCUGAGGAGACUAGUGCAGAAGGCUCAGGUGACCCCGAACCACUAGAGCAGCAGAAGCAGCAGAUCAUUAAUGAGGAAGGCACAGAGCUCUUCUCCUAUAGGGGCAAUGACGUUGAGUAUUUCGUGUCUUCUAGUUCUCCAUCUGGCUUAUAUCAGUUGGAGCUUCUUUCAACGGAGAAAGACACACAUUUCAAAGUAUAUGCCACCACCACUCCAGAGUCUGAUCAGCCAUACCCUGAAUUACCCUAUGACCCCAGAGUAGAUGUGACUUCCCUGGGACGCACCACUAUUACUUUGGCCUGGAAGCCAAGCCCCACAGCCUCUUUGCUCAAACAACCCAUCCAGUACUGCGUGGUCAUCAACAAGGAGCACAAUUUCAAAAGUCUCUGCGCAGUGGAAGCAAAACUGAGUGCGGACGAUGCUUUCAUGAUGGCACCAAAACCUGGUCUGGAUUUCAGCCCCUUUGACUUUGCCCAUUUUGGAUUUCCUUCAGAUAAUUUGGGUAAAGAACGCAGCUUCUUAGCAAAGCCUUCUCCAAAACUGGGGCGUCAUGUCUACUCGAGGCCCAAGGUUGACAUUCAGAAAAUCUGCAUAGGAAAUAAGAAUAUCUUCACUGUCUCAGAUCUGAAACCUGACACACAAUACUACUUUGAUGUCUUUGUGGUAAACACCAACAGCAACAUGAGCACUGCUUAUGUAGGCACCUUUGCCAGGACCAAAGAAGAAGCAAAACAGAAGACAGUAGAGCUCAAAGAUGGGAAAGUUACAGAUGUAUUUGUUAAAAGGAAGGGAGUAAAGUUUCUACGGUUUGCUCCAGUCUCUUCUCACCAAAAAGUCACCUUCUUUAUUCACUCUUGUUUGGAUGCUGUCCAAAUUCAAGUGAGAAGAGAUGGGAAACUUUUUCUGUCUCACAGUGUGGAAGGCAUUCGGCAGUUUCAGGUAAGAGGAAAACCUAAAGCAAAAUAUCUCAUUCGACUGAAAGGAAACAAGAAAGGAGCAUCCAUGUUGAAAAUACUGGCUACCACCAGGCCUAGUAAGCAGUCAUUUCCCUCUCUUCCCGAAGACACAAGAAUCAAAGCUUUUGACAAACUUCGUACCUGUUCUUCAGCCACAGUGGCUUGGCUAGGUACCCAGGAAAGGAACAAGUUUUGCAUCUAUAAAAAAGAAGUAGAUGAUAACUACAACGAAGACCAGAAGAAAAGAGAGCAAAACCAAUGCCUAGGCCCAGAUACAAGGAAGAAAUCAGAAAAGGUUCUUUGUAAAUAUUUCCACAGUCAAAACCUGCAGAAAGCAGUGACCACAGAAACCAUUAAAGGUCUUCAGCCAGGCAAAUCUUACCUAUUGGAUGUUUAUGUUAUAGGACAUGGAGGACACUCUGUGAAGUAUCAGAGCAAAGUUGUGAAAACCAGAAAGUUCUGUUAGUUGCCUCAUUUAGAAAUACAUUACAUGGAACUCCAGGAAGGAUAUAAAAUCAUUUUACCCACAAACUGACUAUUCCCACAGCUGAGAGAAGUUGGAACCUGUACUUGUACUAUGGAAGGAAAGAUAUCAACGUGUUAUAUUGAUGUUUAUAUAAAGUAACUUGGAGGAGACUUGUUCUAGUGUAUCCCUGUGAUACCUAGCUGCGUCUGUCUGAAGCCAGCUGAUGUCAAAGAUGGAGGACAUCUUAAGGAACUACCAUCCCUUGCUUGUACCACUGCAUGAACUGCUUCUAAAUUAUUUUAUUAUCUAAAAAUUUAAAAUAUGUCAUUCAUUGCACACACCUAUGAAUGCAAAUCAUUCCUCUCUAUAGAUGCUAGGAUAUAUAUAUAUAUAUAUACACAUAAAUUAUUUUAUAAAGUCUUGUUUUAAAUGUCAGUGUAUCUAUGAUUGUAAACUAUUCAAUUCUUUUCCUGUUAAAAUACAGAUCUAAGUAUUAUUAAGUGGACCGCUCUCUAGUCAGUUAUAUCGCUAUUGUAAAUUCUUAUUUGUUGAGUAAGAUGUUUAAAUACUGUAUGUAUUUCAUGUACAAAGCUGACAUAUGUUAUACUCAUGUACAUAAAAUUAAAGAUAUUAGAUUAUAUACUG